AUGUCAAUUCUUGAAGAAGGUACGUUGAGAGAUUACCUUAGUCAACCAUGGAAAUUAUUUAUAACAAUAUUUUGCUUUUUUGCAUUCAUUGUCAUGGGUGUUUAUAUCGAAUUAGCUGGUCCUACAUUAGACAUGCUAAGUCUCCAAAUUGCGUCGGAUAUGGCUCGUAUUGCCUGGAUAGUAGCUGCACGUAGUCUUGGCAACUUAAUCGGUGUAGUACUUUUUGGUAUCAUAUUUCAUUCGAUUAUCAAGAAACAAACAGAAUUACUAUUGGCUGUAGCUUACUUUAUUCCUGCUUUUGCGAUGUUGGUAACGCCAUAUAUAAAGUCAUUAUUUUUAUUAUGUGUAGCGCUGUUUUCAGAAGGCGUGUCGCAAGGUAUGGGUCUUCUUGUAACAAAAAUGUGGGGAGCCCGUGCCACUUCUCCGUUGAAUGCUGCUUUAUUGGGUUAUCCAUGUGGUGCUUUGAUAGCAGUUCUUCUCAUACGUUUCUCUUCUGCUGAUGUCCACAUUCUUGUAGACCCUCGAUCCUAUAAUGAAUCUACACCAGUUAACAAACUACCAACAUUUCAACCUCGUCUAGUUCCAGCAUAUUCAGCUGCGUCCGUUCUGUGCACUAUAGUAACUAUCUCAUUUAUUAUUAUUGCCAUAAAAGAACAUAAGAGAACACCAAUAGAGUCAGAGAAGACUAAACGCAUAAUAACAGGUCAAAAGUCAGUGGAUGAUGAAGAACUACGACUAAGACACAAACCAAAACGGGUAUUAAAUAAAGCUAUAUUUUGGAAAUCGUGCAGUCCAACAACAUGUGGAAGUGGUUAUAUGGUUUAUGGGAUACUAUUUAAACAAUAUGACACGUCGGAUUUUGAAGAAGAAUUUUAUUCGAUUGAUCGUCAACGUAAAGGCUAUAUUGCUCAGAAAGAUGUUCGCGAUCUUAUGUCAAAAUAUAAAAAUCAGUUUAGUCAAAGACAAAUUCAUGAACGUCUACAAGAAAUGGGAUUACAAAAUUCUAAUGAUAAAAUCACGCUCGAUGAAUACGUUGAUUUUCGUAUAUUGCCAAAAGCGAGCUCAUCACCUCAACCUCAAUUAUCAACAUUGCAGACAACAGCGAAGCAAUUUGAUCCAUUUCAAUUUUUUGAUAAAAAUGAAGACCAUCACAUUGACCAAUACGAGAUCAUUCAAUCAUAUAAAGAUUUAGGCUUGAAUAUCACUGAGCAGGAGGUUAAAACAAUGAUUAAAUGUCUUGAUGUGAAUAAAGACGGAAGAAUUGAUCAACGAGAAUUUAAUUUAGUGAAGAAUCAUGCAACAAUGGAUGAUAAUUAA